AUGAGACAAGAAAAUGUCUCCAAACAAACGGCUCCCGCCUCACUUUCACUCUUCUCCGGCAUGACUAUCGACGAAUGGCCCCACUUGCCUUCACCAUCUUUUUGGCUCGGCGGGUUCCUUGUCCGGAGGAAAGAGUUCACUUCGCUAAUUACGCAUACUUCAUGUAAACGAAGAGAGAAUAAAGACCGAAACCCGAUUGCCUUUCUUUCAUCUAUUCAUAAGUUUAUACCUAUCAAUCUAUCUUACUUUCUUCUUAUCUAUCUAUAUGUUCAUAUCUAUAUAUCUAUCUAUCCAUCUAUAUUAGUUUUUUCCUAUCUAUCUAUCUAUCUAUCUAUCUAUCCUAAUUUGUUCCUAUCUCAGCUUGUUCAUAUCUAUCGAUUAUCUUAUCUUGUUCAUAUCUAUCUAUCUAUCUAUCUCAUUAUUUCUCUUUCUUUCUUUAUUUUUUCUUCACUCUUUAUAUCUCCCUAUUUCUUUCUUCUUUUACAUAUUUUAUUUUUCUCUCUCUCUCUCUCUUUCUUUUAUCUCUGUCUCUUUCUUUUUCAUACUCCCAUCCUCCUCUCUCUCUCUCUUUCUCUUUCUCUCUCUAGUUCUCCCCUGCUCUUUCUCUCUCUCUCUCUCUCUCUCUCUCUCUCUCUCUCUCUCUCUCUCUCUCAAUCUCUCUCUUUCGCUUUCUCGCACUGUUUCUCUCUGUAG